GUCGAUGGAUGGAAUUUCUUCGUCAUUCUGAAGAGGUAGUGCGUUCAUGAGGCUGCAGUUCGGAAGUUGGAUUUCGACAAGCGCUCUAGGCAGUUGCGGCUCGAAUUUUUCAAUCUGUGCUGAUUGCCCACCGAUGCUCCCGCCUUGUGCUGGGGAAAUCGAGGCUGCGAAUGGACGAGGAAUUCGAGGUCCUGUUGUCUGCUGGGAGUCUCGGAUCUUUGCUUCCUUUGGUACAGAGUUCAGGUGGGUGAGACUGAUCCUUAUGAGCUGCGCAUGAAUUGGAUUAUUCCAAUUCUCUUGAAUCGAGACUUCAGUGCGGUUCCUCGUGCAUUGGAGUGGUGGAAAAGAAUUUUGUUGGAUAAAUUUUGCACAUGCUAGCAACUACCUCAUGCUCCUAAUUCAGCCGGGUUCCAUUCGAUUUCGAGGGUACUUUUAGCUGUCAUUGUGCAAUUGAGCUCAUGUAGGCAUCACCCUUGGACAUCUCAUCGCUCUCCCUUUCUUCCCGAAUCUGACCAGUUUAACGAAACUCUCCUGCUGUUGGUGACAAUACGUCGGCCUGAAUCUAUUAUUCACACGGAUGAGAAGUCAUUCCAGAGCUGUGUUGCUUAGGAGCUGAAAGCGCGAAUUAGGAAAAUACUGUUGAUGCGUAAGGACAGAUCUUUGAUCAGAGUUGUGGAAAUUGCGCAGUCUGUAGAUUGCACAAUGACCACAAUAUUGACAGUCCCCUUUGGAUAAUAUGCGGGGUCUUAGGGCAGGUUGAAGCCAGUAAUUGUUCGAAAGACUUGGUCGUACUAUCUGCAGUCAUUGAACGAGGAUAAUUCGAGUACAUGUGUGAUUUUCCAGAUAUGAUUCACGAAUGGCGGUUUAGCUUCGGCUCUUCGAUUGUCAGGAAAGUAAUGCAAAACUUUCUUCAUGCUAAAUAACGAAAAUGCAGUGUUCGGCUCGAAUUUGCAGCAGCUACCUGAGAGAAUGAGGUGACGAGUCUCUUGCCUCGAUUCAAAAUGGGAAUACAGGGGUUGUUGCAGGCUCUGAAGCCGUAUAUUGAAGCUGUGCACGUCAAAAAGUACAGUGGACAACGGGUUGGCAUCGAUGCCUAUUCGUGGCUCCAUAAAGGAGCAUAUGCCUGUAGCAUGGAACUCCAUCAGGAUGAUACGAGGUCAAAAAGGCGAAGAUUACCGGCAUAUGUGCAUUAUUGCAUGCACCGGAUUAGGAUGCUUAAAUACAACCAUGUAACUCCAGUUGUUGUGUUCGAUGGUGGCCGUUUACCUCUGAAGGCGAUGACCGAACAAGAUCGCAGAAGGAGAAGAGAAACCAACUUGGAGAAUGCGCAAAGGAAACAAGCAGAUGGAGAUAUGCUGGGAGCUCAAGAGCUUUUCCAGAGAUCGGUGGAGAUAACUCCAGCGAUGGCUCAUGAGCUGAUUGAGGUCCUUAGAGAAGAAGGUGUCGAGUUCGUGGUUGCACCAUAUGAAGCAGAUGCACAGUUGGCAUAUCUUGCUGGCCUGCCAAAGCAAAAGGGAGGAAUCGUAGCUGUGAUCAGUGAGGAUAGUGAUCUCCUUGCUUACGGUUGCAAAUCGGUGCUCUUUAAGAUGGAUAGAUACGGACAUUGUGAGGAGAUUUGUCUACAAAAACUAUUUGAAUGUGAAGAAACUCCUGCAAAGUCACUAUGCUUCAAAGGUUUCACUCAGGAUCUGUUUCUUGGAAUGUGUGUGAUGGCUGGUUGCGAUUUUCUUCCUUCAAUACCUGGCAUAGGAGUUAAACGGGCCCACGCCCUUCUGGCCAAGUAUCGUAGUAUUCCUCGGGUUUUAUCUAAACUGAAGAUGGAGAAGCCAAAAGUCUUUCCGGAGAACUACAUGAGUGACUUUUCGCAAGCAAAGGCCAUCUUCAGCCAUGCGCGAGUAUAUGACCGUGAGGAGAGAUCGUUGGUACUGCUGAAUCCCUUGUCAGAAGAGUUGUUGGAGGAAUUUGAUGGGGAUACGGAUUUUCUUGGACCAGGAUUGCCACAAUCCAGAGCUAAGGCAAUUGCUGAAGGGCGACUUGACCCUAUUACCAUGGAAGCAUUCAACUCAGUUCCAUCACCGAAAACACCUGGGUUGGCAUUUGGUGAGAAGAAAGAGUUCAAGAAGAACCUGGAUUCCACUCCGUCUCCAAUAACACCUUUUUCAAUGUAUAGCUCGAAGAAAGGCUCUCCAAAGUUCUCGCAGCUUUCCAACUCAAGACAAGGUUCAAAACCAGCUACAUUUCCGGCAACAGCUUUCUCAAUGUUCGGCUCAAAGAGGAAAACAUUGAAUAUUUUCGAUUCACCCCCACUGCAAGCCUCUGAAUCUGAUGGAAGAAUCGAACCUGACUCAGAGAAAGCAUUUUGGUGUGGAACUGCGGAGGAACUCAUAGGUUCUCUGGUAGUAAACACCCACACCGUUUCUACGACAAAGUCUUUUAGGCCUUUGGGUAAUGAUGAUAACUCAGAAGCCUCUCAAGGUUACAUCACAAAUGUACAAAUAAGCUCAGAGAUAGAUUGUUCAGUUUCCGAACGUACGAGUAAUGAUCCCACUGAAGCGGAUAACGCCGUAUUUCCUAAGCUGAAAUUCUCAGCUCAUGGAUCCAACAGCGAAGCAAGUCAGUCAUGGAGUGCGAAUGUUCCAAAGAAUCCAUUCAAACGAAAAGCAUCCGGAAACUCCUCUUGCUCACUGCCCGUGGCUCAUCAAGACUCCAGAGUAGCUUCGGCAGAAGUUCAGAGGGCUGCUGAAGAGAUAGACGACCCGAGCACGUGUUGUUCUGCAGGGGAAUCCAUUCUGACAUCGUUGCGGGAGACUACUGGUGAUGACAGCGAUUGUCAAGUUUUAUCACCUGCGAAAAUUCGACUGGUGAUUGGUGAGGCAAACCUGGCUUCUCAGACCGGAAGUGUGACUGGUCCCGCCAUGGAGGACGAAGACGAGUCUUCGUCGUCGGUUUUGACAGAGUUAAGCCCAAAUUGCCAGCGACGCGAAACCUCCCCUUCUGAUGACUUCGUCACUGCUGAAGCGCCACGUCCCGUAUCUGCUCAUGGAUCUGCAGGGAAGAGUUUUGCUAGAAGUAGGUUAGGCAAAGUAAGCAAGUCUAAGUUUAGUGGACAUGCCGAUAGAAGUAGUGGAGGCAAGAAGCUCAAAGCAAAAAACUCGUCCCCCAUGACCCCAACGCAGGGAGGAAUCUUGAAAUUCUUCAAGCCUGUAACUCUUUAGAUUAUACAAAUUACCUUCUCUUGAUUCAAUUUUCAAUCAUAUGUAGCCUGAGUUAGACGCACCGAUGUCUUCAAUGGUUGCGUUUGUUCAAUGAUAUAAUGCGAACCAAAUGCAACUCCAAGAAUCUCACCGCUAGAAUGCCAGGUAGUGAUGACCAGCGACAUCUCGCUGGUCUCUGAAAAUCUUCUGGGAGAGUUGCAGUAUAUGUCACUUCGGUCUUCCCGAGUAACGAGUUGAUGAAAUCAAUUCAGCACCCAAGUAUUUGCUC